AUGCACGCGCAGCCCUCCUCCCAGAAGGCAGCUCCCACGCCCACGUACGGCGUCCCCGGGUUCACCUCCGAUCCGUACGCGUUCGAUUCCAGCGCCUUCGGCAUCGCGGGCGACACCGCAGGCGACACCCUGCCGCCCGGAUCGCAGCCCCUCGCGGCGCCGGUGCCACACCAGCUUCACUCCCCCCCGCCGCGGGGCCCACACCAGCGCGGCUUCGGGGCCGCGAGCCCUGCGGCGCCGGCCUUCGGCACACCGAGCCCGCCGCAGCCCAGGGAGAACCCGGCACCGGCGCCCUGGGGCGCUGCGCCGACAAACGUGUGGGGCAUAUCAACUGCGGACAAUGACGAUGCUGCCUUCUUCGACACACUCGGCUCCGAGCCCGCAGCGCAGCAGCAGGAGCCUCCGGCCUUCCAGCGCAGCGCCGCCGCGCCGGACACCUCGCCGGUGCCGCAGGAGCCGCAGGCGGAGGCGCACGCACCGCUGCCCUCGCACCGCGCUCCUGCUGCGGCGCCCAGCGUGCUGAGCCCCGACCAGCUGGUCGUGGGCGUGGACACGUCGCAGCCGGACCGCCGGAGCUCCGGGGCCGGGCAGGCCGCGCGGGAGAGCGCGGCCACGCAGGAGAGCGCGGCCACGCACACACAGAUGGGUGCGCAAGGCGGCGUGUGGCGCCCCGCCCCGGAGGCAGCUGCGAGCGUCGUCAGCCCGGACCAGCUCGUCGUGGGCGUCGACGCGGCGCCAGUGCACGGUGCGCGGCCUUCGGCCCCGACGCACGGGCCGCCAGAGCAGCAAAGUGUGCCGGCGGCGGCGCCGAGUGUGCUGGAUCCGAGCGCGCUCGCGAUCGGGUUCGCCGACGCGUCCACGCACCAGCCUACGGACGCGUCCACGAGCGUGCUCGACGCGGGGGGCGCUGCAGCGGGCCCAGCAGCUGCGAAGCCCGAUGCGCAGAGUGCUGUGGUGCCGGGGGGGUUAUUUGGAGGCUUCGAGGCGGAGGAUCGGGGCGGCGAUGAUGCGGAGGGAAGCGGGAUCGGUGCGUUCGAGGAGGCCGCGGGCUCGGGCGGGAGUGCGGUGGGUGCGGCAGGCGGCAUGAGCUGGUGGGAGCAGCACGUGCCUGCGGACGCGAGCGCAGCGGAGGAGGACCGCUGGUGGGAGCAAACGAGCACGCCCGUCGCGCAGGCGCCACCGCAGCGGGCUGCGGAGGACCAAGGGCGUGCUGCGCCCCCCGAGGCUGAGGCGGUCCCUGCUGCGCCGCCGACGUCCGGAUGGUACGCCUCGCACUCCGCCACGGAGAGCCGCAGCCUGAGCUGGCGCGGCAGCCCGGCAGGAAAGCAGCGGGCGAGCUGCUCCGUCGACGUACCAACCACCUGGGCCGCAGCGCCGCAGCCCGGGGGCCCGCGCGAGCCGCUGGCGGACGCCGACCCUAGCAGCAACGCAGGCGACGAUGCGGCGCCGCGCACGGGACACUGGCCGCCGCCGGUGUGGCAGGAGGUCAUGAACGGCGCGAGUCCGCUGCCAGCUGAAUUGCCCACGUCGCCCCGCCAGCCCGCGGCGUCGACGCCAGCGGGCCCGGACGCUCCAACGAGCACGUACGAGGCGCGCAGGCCCGCUGCGUCGGCCGCGACCCCCCCCACCGUCGACCAACGCGCGCCAUCUCCGGGUGCCGUGCAUGGAGGCGCGGGCACCUCGGACGCCCUCGAAAGCAGCCAGGCCGUGUUCCUGGACGGCGGCACGCCGCAUCGCGACGCGGGCGGCGAGCUCCCGAUCCCAACGCCGGGCACGUCGGCGAGGGAACUCUACUCGCGGCACAGCGCCGCGGCACAGGCCGAGCUGGAGCCGCGCCCGAGCGCAGCGGGUCGGGACCGCCGCAGCACGGAGGCCCGCGAAGAGGACUCCCGCGCGGGGCGCGCGAGCCGCGGAAGCGCGGCCGGUGGCGGCGUUGUGGGGCUGAGCAAACGCACGCAGCAGUUUCUCGACAGGCUUGGAAGCCGUGGGGCGGCGGCGAAGCAGCGCCUUGCGGCGACGGCGCAGGACGUGACGCGGCGGGUAUCGGUCAACCAGGACGCGCGAGCGUCCGGGCGGGCGGCGGAGUCGCGCAACGGCGACGGUGGCGAGGCGGAGGCGGCACAGGCCGCUGCGGGGCGCGUUGAGGCGCUGGAGCGGGACCUGGAGCACCUGCGCGGCGAGCUCGAGUCCUGGCGCGGGUACGCGCAGAGCAUGGAGGCCGCGGAGGCGGCUGCGCGUGGGCACGUGGGUCAGUUGCAGAACGAGGUGGCGUCGUGGCGGAACGAAGCAGAACGCGCGGAGCAGCUCCGGAGGGAUCUGGAUGGCUUGCAUGUCGAAGCUGAGGCGGCGCGGCGCGCCCGCGACGGCGCGGCGGCGGAAGCGGCGGAGCUGCGCGCGCAAUUGGCGGCAGCGCUGGACGAGGUGAGCCAGGCGCGGGCGGAGGCGGCUGCGGCGGGCGAGGCGCGCGACGUCCUCGAGGGCCGCGUUGCGCAGCUCGAGGCGGACGUGCGCGGCGCGGAGGCUCUGCGAGAGGAGCUGCAAGCGGCGCAGGCGCAGGCGGCCGCGGCGGGGGCGCGGGAGUCGGACGGGGUGCGGUCGCGGCUGCAGAAGGCGGAGCGCGCGCUGGAGGCGGAGCGGCAGGAGCGGGAGCGGCUGGAGGGGCAGUAUAAGAAGCUGACGUCAGGGCAGCGGGGGGGUCCUGCGUACGCGCAGCUGGAGGCGCACGUGGGGCAGCUGGAGGGGGUGCUGAGCGAGCGGGACCGGGAAAUCGCCGGGCUUCGCGCCCAGAUCGCGAGCCUGGAGGAGGUGGUGAGCGACGCGCGCGGCCACGCGGCGCGCAUGGAGGCUGCGGCGCACCACGAGACGCGGCUCCAUGAGGAGGUGACGGCGCGUUGCAGCCUGUUGGAGGAGGAGCUGGACGCGCUGCGGCGCGGCGGGCCGCCGGGGGCGCUCGAGGACCUCGAGCGCGAGGUGCAGGGCGCGCGGAAGGCGCUCGCCGAGGCCAGGGCGGCCGCGGCAGUCGAGAAAUCUCGACUGGAAAGUGCGCUGGAAGGCAAGGACGCGGAACUGCGGGCGGCGCGCGAGGAGCACGCGCGCGAGCUCGAGGGCGCGCGCGGGGACGCCGAGCGGGCGCGCGCAGAGGCCGCGCAGCUCGAGGCGCGCUGCGCGGAGCUCGCGGCUGCGGCGGACACGGCGCGCGCGGCCAGCGAGUCUCUCAACGCCCGCGUCGCGACCGCGCUCGGCCCGGUCGUCGCGGCGGCCUCCGAGGGCUGCGACGACGACGGGUACGGCAUGAUGGACAUGCUCGAGGGGUCCUGGGCGGACGCGGCGGCCUCCGCCGAGCUGCGCGACGUCACCGACGCCAUCGCAGCCCUGCCCCGCUCGCUGAAGCGCGCUGUUCUCGCGGAGUCGCUUGCGGGGCAGGAGCUCGCGCGGGUCGCCGCGGAGCUGCACCGCGCCAAGGCCCGCGAGGCCGCGUCCGGCCUGGUGGACGAGGAAUUGCAGCGGUUGAGAGACGAGAAUGUUCAAUUGUCGUCGAAAGCCGCCAUGGCUGAUCCCGGGGCCGGCGCGGCGCUGCGGACGCGCGUCGGGGAGCUGGAGGAGGAGCUCGAGCGCGCGCGGGGCGAGCUGGAGCGCGUGCGGGCCGCGGAAGCGGACAAGGUGUGGCGCGGGGAGAGCGGCGGCGGGGUCGAGGAGAGCGCGGCGGUGCGGGAGGCGAGGGAGGAGGCGGAGUACGCGUGGUCGAUUCUCGAGCGCUGCAAGGCGGAGAACUACAGCCUGAUGGAGCGGCUGCGCAGGGCGCACGAGCGCGCGGAGGUGGCGCAGGGCGCGGCGUCAGCACCGCCAACGCCCCUGCAGGGCGUGCCGCUGAGCCCCGCGCCUGCGGGCAGCGAGGAGGCCGUGAACGGCGGGCACGAGGACGACCGGGCGGCGUACCAGGCGGAGGCGGAGCGUGCGCGGGAGGAGGAAGAGACCUCUGGGGGGGGUUGGAGCAUCUGGUCGUACAUCGCUGGAACGGCGUAG